GGGGAAACGGGAAACACAGUAGCGAACAGAAAAACGCCUUCGUCUUCUCCUUCUUCCCUCCUUCUUGCGUCUUGUGGAGAUGGCAUCGGCGGUCGUGACGCCGGAAAAGCCGGCGGCGAGGCAGAGGACUCCGGUGGCGGCAAGGUUCCUGCAGUCCCCACCGGCGGCCGGUCUCACCCUCGGCUCGAACGACGACCAGCUCGAGCGCGCCCAGGCCCGUGCCGCUAGGUUUGCCGCGUCGCGGAGGAAAUCUUUCGUCGGACGCGCCGAUCGAGAAGCGCUCCCUGCGGGAGAGGACCUGCUCUGCAAGGCCCAGAUUGUCGAGCUCUUCCAGAACUGCAUCAAGCUCGCCAGUGAAAAUAAAAUAAACCAAAAGAAUACGUGGGAGCUGAGUCUUAUAGAUCACUUGAGUGUCAUUAUCAAAGUGGAAGAUGACGACACUGAGACCAAUUUCCAGAAGGCUAGCUGUACAUUGGAAGCUGGGGUGAAGAUUUACUCGUUGAGAGUUGAUUCAGCACAUUCGGAAGCAUACAAAGUUCUUGGGGGAAUUAACCGUGCAGGGCGUGAGGACGGAGAAGAAGCAGCUGCUGAAGGUGAUUGCACCAACACAGGACAGGAGGAGAAUGUGGUUAAGAAAGAAAUGGAGAAGAAGGCAUUUCCACUAUCAACACUAGAAUCAUCUUUUGAGGCUCUCAAUUUGAAGAAAUUUGAUGUGGCAUUCACUGUGGAUCCUUUAUAUCAUCAAACAUCUGCACAGUUUGAUGAAGGAGGUGCCAGAGGACUACUUUUGAACAAUUUAGGUGUUUAUGGUGGUUGUCGGGUACUUUUUGAUUCUAUGGAAGUUCCUGGAAAGAGCACUUCAGAAAAAACAAGCACAAGUUUAGAAACAAUUGACAUCUCUUUUGCAAGUGAUUGCAUUGAGAAGAUGAUGUCUGGAAUGUCCAUAAAAAAUGAAAUUUCUCCAACGCUUCAAGAUAUUGUUGCACUGUUCGAUGAAGAAAAUCAGAGACAAUUUGCAGCUUUUACAAGCCAAAAAGCAACGAGAUAUGAUAUGGAUGAAACUUGUGACAGCAUGAUGGAGCCAGAAGUGGAGAUAGAAGCAAACCAGUUUGAUGGUUAUGAACCAUGUGAUUUUGAACAUGAGGACCAGUUGAGCACCGCAGAUGAGCAUUCCACUACUAUAUUUCCGAAUUUGGUGUCUAAUGAAGAGGAUGCCCUAGGUGAUAACUAUGCACCUCAUGAAGAUGAAAGAGGUGACAACUAUGAGGAAAUGGACUAUUUAAUUUUAGGGUUAGCCUUCUCCUCAAAGACUAAUGCUUGGGCUGGUCCUGACCAUUGGAAGUAUAGGAAGGCAAAAGGUUCAGAUUCAAUUCUAGAUUCUUCAACUGAAUCACAACCAAUUGCCAAGAAACCAAAUAACAGAAAACGAGAAGCCUUUUCUAUUGAUUUCACAAGCAUAUCAGCACUGGAAAGUCUUGAUUUAUUUGCACCUCCUAAAAGCCAGAAAUCAAUACUUUUACCUGCAAAUCGUGUUCGUAGUAGCACUCUUCUUCCAGAAGACUGUCAUUACCAGCCUGAAGAUCUUGUCAAAUUGUUCCUUCUUCCCAGUGUUAUGUGCAUAGGCGGAAAAAGGAAGCACUGUUACGAGGAUUCAAGAAAUCGAAGUGACAGCUGUGAACAGCCAGAAUCAUGCCUUGAUGAAAACGAGAGCUCCUACCCUUUUGAUUUUGGAGAUGCUCAUAGUGACGUCGAUGAUUCAGAUGGCUUGGUUUCACGUCCCCGUCAGGUCAACAAAAUUGAAGUUCAGUAUGACAAGUCAUCAAAGCAAGUCGAUGUCCAUGCUUUGAAGGGGACAUUGUGGGUCUGCAUGCAAGAACUCCUUGCAACUUCUAAUCUGGAAAAUGACGAGGCCUUAUCAUUCAGGCACGUCUUACGCCGCUUGCCAGAAAACUGUCCUGCAGCUGCAGCAAAGGAUAUCUCUCCACACUUGUGUUUCAUUUGCUUACUUCAUUUGGCAAACGAGCACUGCUUAAGCAUUCAACACUCAGCCAGCUUUGAUGAGCUCUUCAUUAGAAUGCCUGCUGGAUCCCUCAAUGCUGCAAAAAUAGCCAUUUGAGGAUGCACCAACUUUGGUCAUCUAAUAAAGUUACCUGAGCUCUGCCGAUCUGAACGUGCUGACCGGGUGCUGCAUCUUGGUACUGCCUGAUCCGACUAAUUCUCGCUCCUCAUUGUAAGAUAAUGGUUCGCUCAAGUUCUGUUUCUGGUUUGCUUGAGUAUUUUGCUUCAUUUCAUGAGGUUGUAAGCACUGGUUUAAUCUUCUGUUCAUGUAAAAUCAAUUGUUAAUUA